AUGGAGCCCAUGCCGAAAAGGCGAAAAGGCUCGGCUUCGGGUCUACGCACAUCUACCGCAAAGCGACUUCGGGCGGGAUGCAGCCUUCCCAGGGUUGCAUCAGGCAGCCCAGGUGAGGUGGUGUGCCAUCGCUGCACGCUGCAGAACCCGACCCCGGCCCAGUGCUGUGCAGCUUGUGGUGCCUCCCUCGCUGACUGGACAUGCCCGGUGUGCACUCUCAUCAACGCUCCGGCGGUGGAUUGCUGUGCUGCGUGUGAUACGCCGCGGAAGGGCGUCAGAGCCCAGCUGUUGCCGCAGUUGUUGCUGCCGACUAUGGACUCAAACUGUGUUGUGCUACCACCACAAUUGGAUUUGGCUCCGCGCGUAUCGCUUGUGUUCCUGCAUGGUUUCUGCAACACAGCCGAGAUGUACUCCGAAAGCGAGGCAUUCACCCUCUUCCGCUGCCAGGGUUUGCGUGUCAUCCUUCCCACUGCUCCGCUGCAGCGCAUCACGGCGCAUGGUGGCCAGGUGCAGAAUGCGUGGUAUGACUACCUAACGGAUCACGACGGCGCGCUGGAGGAUGACAUAGAUGAUCGUUCCCUUCACGCCACGCAGCAAAGACUCCAGGCGAUUGUGGAUGCGGAAGCUGCUCUCAUGGGAGACCCUGGUCGGGUCCUUUUGGGCGGCGCGUCUCAGGGCUGCUGUGCUGCCUUUGAUGCCUUCGCGCGGCAUCCGACGAGAAUAGGGGGAUUUGUUGGCUUUGUUGGCCACCCUCUGAAAAGCACUCCGCUGCACAGCUCGCUGCAGCGAGACGUGCCUUGCUCCUUCUUCAAUGCCGCUGCAGAUGACACGAUGCAAACACAUUGGGUGCUUCCGGCCAUUCGCCGGCUGCAUGCUGCGGGCUGGACUAAGGUCAGCAUCCAGGUUGCCGAUGGAGCUGACCAUGGCACAUCCGAUGAGCUGGAGAAUGAGUGGAUGGAUAGUUUUCUGGCGGGAGUGUUUAAGCACCUGUAA